AUGGAAAAUCCUGGUUCAAGUAAAGCAGGACUGCAGCAAUACACAUACAAUGUAGCUGAACAAUUAGAUGGUGGCAAUGAUGAUCAUACUGAUGAUAAUUACAUGCAGAUAUUAUACGAAAAAGAAAUCGCCAACCCUAUACUCAAUGAUCAAGAAGCUUUAAACAUUAUCAAUGAGAAUUGGAUUCAAGAAUUUCGCACUGCUGCAAUCCACUACAUUCUCAGAACAGGGGAAAGAUUUCAGUUUAGAAUCCACACAGUUUACACAGCAGUGAUAUAUCUUGAUAGGUUUCUUGCUACACGGACAAUAAUUAGGGGACAAAACUGGUCAAUAAGGGUAAUAGCAGCAGCUUGUUUAUCAAUGGCUGCAAAAAUGGAUGAAAGCAGAGACACAUUGCCAUCAUUAUCAGAAUAUCCUAUGGAAAAUUUUGAAUUAAAUAACAACCCAAUUAAUGCCAUACGAAUGAUGGAAGAUUUGAUUUUAGAUGUCCUUAAAUGGAAUAUAGAAGAUUCAAGAAAAGAUUAUAUUAGAGCCAAAACUAUGGAGAUCAUAAUGAGUGUACUUAGAGAUGUGAGGUUAAUGAAUUACAGACCAUCUGUAAUAGCAGCAGCUGCAACAUUAUUAGCACUAAACCAAAACUUGACCAUGGAAGAGCUUGUGAUAAAAGCCUUGCUUCUAAAUGGAGCUGCAUUUCUUCAAAUUGAUAAUGUGUGUUACUGCUACUAUAAAUUGCUAGAGCUGAACAAGAACACAACCUCAGAUGAAGAAAUAAAGAAUUUUUCUCAAAUCAGAUUGUAA